AUGGAUAUCGACGUUAACCUAGCUUUCAGGAACCCGUAUGCCACAACUCAGGGCCAGAUCGUGUCGACCUACGGUAUCGGCUGCAUUAUUUCUAUCUAUUUCGGCAACAAGCUCGGUCGUGUUGUUGCAGGCCUGAGGAUAGGGCAGAGCACGGCUGUCGUGCCCAUGUGGCAAGCCGAGACCAGCAAACACGAGGACUAG